AUGGGUAUCUCACGUGAUUCGCUGCACAAGCGACGGGCAACAGGAGGAAAGAAGAAGCCGUGGCACAAGAAGCGCAAGUAUGACUUGGGACGGCAGGCGGCCAACACGAAGCUGAGCAGCCACAAGACGGUCCGCCGGAUCCGUGUGCGCGGCGGGAACUACAAGUUCCGCGCGCUGCGCCUGGACACGGGCAACUACGCGUGGGGCAGCGAGGCGGUGACGCGCAAGACGCGCAUCCUGGACGUGGCGUACAACGCGAGCAACAACGAGCUGGUCCGCACGCAGACGCUCGUGAAGAACGCCAUCAUCCAGGUCGACGCCGCGCCGUUCCGCCAGUGGUACCAGCAGCACUACGGCGUGGACCUCGGCAAGAAGAAGGCCAAGACCGGCAAGAAGGAGGGCGAGGAGGAGAAGGCGGAGGGCGAGGCGGUGGAGGAGGAGAAGAAGGUGAGUGCGCACGUGAGGCGCAAGCACGAGCAGCGCCUGGCGUCGCACAAGCUCGACCCGCACCUCGAGGACCAGUUCGCCGCCGGCCGCCUCUACGCCUGCAUCGCCUCCCGCCCCGGCCAGUGCGGCCGCUGCGACGGGUACAUCCUGGAGGGCAAGGAGCUGGAGUUCUACGUGAAGAAGAUGCAGAAGAAGAAGGGCAAGUCCGCCGCCUAG